AUGCGUCCGGUAGCACGUCUUCCUCUUUCGCGAGUUUUGUCAGGGUGUCGUGGAUUUCAUUCGCAGCACCGCACGCCUGUGUUACCGCAGGUGCCAGCGGCUGAGGUCCAACAGGCUGCAAGUGAGUCGAAGGUGCGCGUUGCUUAUCUUCUUCAUCGUCAACCCGUUGUAAAACCCACACCGCAUCCCCUGGAAAUGGAAAUGGCGUUCCUUCUCCAACGAGAACACCAGCGGUACAGCAGACAUGAGUCAUCCGAGUCAGCAACUCACUUCAUGGCGCAGCGUGGCCAGUCCAUCGACGCACUAAACCGUACGGACCCGCGGCAAAUCCAGUCGAAUUUCUUCGGACUGGAGCUCUAUCAAGACGCCAUGCGGGUUGUGCUGCAGCGGUACAAACCGGAGCGCCGGGUGACCCCGCGUGAUCUUUGGGACCCCGCCACGUAUGGCAGCAGCAACGCCAAUAGUAACGCAAGCUCGCCUCCGACACGUCAUUCGUUGCACCGUAAACUCGACGACUAUUUGCACCUUAUUGUGCGCGACGAGGCCUCUGGAAAGUGGACCGUGCCCCAAACGGUGCUUCGUGAACGCGAAACGCUGCGCAUGGCGGCCGAGAGAGCGAUUGCAACGGACAACGGCGAGGGUUUGGAUUGUUAUGUAUGGUCCAAUGCACCGCAGGCAACGGUGCCAAACGCAAACGAUGGGUGCUGGCUCUUUAUUUACGUUGCUACGUAUUUAAGUGGACGACCGAAAUUUUCAGAGUUUAGGCCGAAGACUAUCGACCACGCAUGGGUCACGCGGCACGAGAUGAUGCAAUAUGAGGAAAAUUUUCAGAGCCCGGAACUGGUGAGGGUUCUGCUUGACAUAUCGGCUGACAGCACAUUUGAGAGUUGA